CUAUGCGCCCAACUUCAGAAUGCUGUAUUUGAAAAGCAAUAAACCAUUAGUCAGUAAUCUAUCAAGUAUAAAUCUAUUAUCUAUGGUCAGUAACUGUGAAUUUGUAAAACCGAAAAAAUUAAAAUCAUUUGAAUGAAAUGAAUUUUUUGAAACUACACAUAUUUAUUUUAAAAUACUGACAUUACUUCUGUCUGAUAAUUUGAUUAUAUUUAAUGAAGAUUACAUUUUUCAAAUGUUUGUUGAUGAUAAAACAGCAAAUCACAAAUGAGUUUCUUAAUGAACUUUCAGUAAUGAAAGAGAAGGCAAAUGGAUCUUUUUAAUUUUUUGAAGCGGCCUUCUCUUGUGGCUGACAUACAAAGAUUUUUUGGAGUUCAGGCAAUAAAAGAAGUUGACUUAUGUGAAAGAAAAAAUAUUUCUAAUCAAACCAACCAAAAGUAUACAAUAAAGAAUUAUUUCUGGUAUUAUUUGUUCUGUUUUGGAACUGAAUUAGGAGAUGAAAUGUUUUAUUUGUCCUUUAUACCAUUUUGGUUUUGGAACAUUGAUGGAGCAGUUGGCCGACGAGUGGUACUUGUAUGGACAAUUGUGAUGUACAUUGGUCAGGGAAUUAAGGACAUAAUUAAAUGGGAGAGGCCUGGCCCACCAGUUAUAAAAUUGCAAAAAAAAUGGGCCUUGGAGUAUGGUAUGCCUUCCACACAUGCCAUGGUAGGAGUUUCCAUACCAUUUUCUGUUAUAUUGUAUACUAUGAACCGUUAUCAAUAUAAUGUACAAGCUGGUUUUGUGAUCGCCAUUGUUUGGUGCAGCAUUGUUUCUAUAAGCCGUCUAUACUUGGGAAUGCAUACAGUUCUGGAUGUACUUGCUGGAUUAGCACUAUCGAUAAUGUUAAUGUUUCCUUUAGUUCCACUGAUAGAUAAACUAGACAGUUACUUUUUAACAAACCCAACAUCUCCAUUUCUUCUGAUUGUUAUUUCUCUUUUAAUGAUUGUAUAUUAUCCUAAUAGUGGAAAAUGGACACCAACAAGGGGUGAUACAACAAUGAUUGUGUCAGUAUGUGUUGGAUUAUUAAUAGGAGCAUGGCUGAACUAUCAGACGGGAAACAUGACCAAUUCAGACCUUAUACCUCCGUAUGCAAUAUUUUGGCCAUCCUAUACAAUGUUGGGUAGUUUAAUCUUGCGUACUACAUUGGGAUUUGUACUUCUUUUAUUCAUAAGAAGUAUAGCAAAAUCAGUUUCCUAUAAAUUUUUAUGCACACUCUUGGGCCAAAAUGCCACUGAAAUCAAAAAUUCAAAAGAUUCAUUAGAUAACAAGCACAAAACUUUUGUUGAUUUGGGUUGCAAGUACCUCACUUGUGCUGUAAUUGGAUUUUCUCUUAUUUAUUUGCUCCCUAAUUUAUUUAAAUUUCUAAAAAUAGAAAGGCCAACGUUUUGCACAGAAUUAUGACUUCAUAGUCCCAGUGAAACAUUUUGAAAAUAUGUAACAUGAAAUUUAAAGUAACAAUGGUCAGUUACCAUUGUUACAUUAAAUUUCAUGUUACAUAUCUUAUUAAUUUAUACUUUUAAGAAUCUUAUUAAUUUUGCUUGUCUAAUUAACCUUUCGAAAAUAAUAGUAUUAGGUUCAAAAUAAAGAUCUGAUGUACUAUACACACUACUAUUAUAGAAAGUUAAUUAAAAGCAAGUAAAUGAAGGUUGCUUUAUGAUAGUUUAGACCAUUUUGUUUGCAAUAAUGUGAUAAGAUUUAUUACUAGUAUUUACAGUAAAAUUUUCAAAAAGAAAACCUAUAAUGAUAUAAAAUUAAGCAUAUGUUGAAAUAACAAAUACUAUAUUAGUAUUAUUGUAAUUAUAAUAUAAAUUUUAAACAGAAUUUAUGUUACUAAAAUAAAUAUAAUUUAACUGCAUACAUUUUCCUUCAGUGGCAUUGUUAUUGUUAAGAUCUGAAAUAAAACAUAUAAUUACAAAAA